AUGGCAAGCCGUAGAAGAGGCGACAGUUUUGAAAGUCACAAAAAGAAAGUUUUAUGUGUGGGAAAUAUCUGCCUUGAUUUUGUCAACGUUGCACGAGAAUAUCCAGAGGAGGAUUCUGAUCAAAGAGGGUUGGACUACUACUGGCAGAGGGGAGGCAAUGCCAGCAACAGUUGCACAGUUCUGUCUUUAUUAUCUGUCCCUUGUGAGUGUCUGGGAGUCAUGGGAAGCCAUGGAACUGAGGCCAGCUGGAUCCAGGAAGACUUUGCUAAAUGUGGAAUUGAGACAUCUCACUGUUUGAUGAAACCAGUGCAGCCAUCUGUUUCAACAGUUGUGAUCAGCCAAGCUACAGGCAGCAGAACUAUAUUCCAUUACCCCAGAGACCGCCCAGAGCUAACAUAUAAUGAGUUUCAUCAGAUUUUUCACGGAGACUUCACUCAUUAUUCCUGGAUUCAUUUUGAGGCAGGGAGAUCAGUUGAUUAUGUCUCCCACAUGAUUGAUGAUGUUGUUGCAUUCAACAACAAACACAGUCUACCACAAGCCUCAGAUGGCCAGAGACUGAGUGUUGUACUAUCCGUGGAGAUUGAAAAGCCAGAACUAAAAAAUCCAGAGUUGGUGAUGGACAAAGCUGACAUUGUCUUCAUCAGCAAGGAUGUUGCAAAGUGCAAAGGUUUUUCUGAGGCAGUUAAGGCUGUUGAAGGUCUCUACCGCUUCUGUAAAAAUGAUGCUGUCCUCAUAUGUGCAUGGGGUGAUUCUGGUGCAGCAGCUCGCUACAGGGACAUUACUCUAACAGCUCCAGCGUUAGCUGACAUCAAGGUUGUGGACACCCUGGGUGCCGGCGACACGUUCGUGGCAGGGUUUGUUAGUAGUCUCUGGAAACAUGGCUGGACAGCUACAGACAGAGCUAGCAGGGAUGCUGACAACAUUACCAGAGAUGCUGACAGUAGUGGCAGUGAUGUAGAUACCAGUAUUAUCACAAACGCUCUUCAGUACGCCUGUCACUUAGCAGGCUUGAAGUGUACAAUAUAUGGUUACCAGGGUUUGAAACAGCUUGUUUCUAGUAGUGUGUGA